AAGCAAGUCUUCUAUCCCGAGUGUAACAUGCGUACCGUCCCCUUUUCCUUUAACCCAAUCAGAAAGCAAUAGGACCUCAAUAUAAUACCCCUCUUGCGGCUUUUUCCCUAUUCAUUUAUUUGUUUCUACUAAGUGGAUACGUUGUAGUUCAGUGAGAUGGCAAGAACAAAGCAGACGGCUCGUAAAUCUACCGGUGGCAAAGCUCCCCGAAAACAACUCGCCACUAAAGCGGCUCGUAAGAGCGCACCCGCUACAGGAGGCGUCAAGAAGCCUCACCGUUACAGGCCCGGAACCGUCGCUCUGCGCGAGAUCCGUCGCUACCAGAAGUCGACCGAGCUGCUGAUCCGCAAGCUGCCGUUCCAGCGACUAGUGAGAGAAAUCGCUCAAGAUUUCAAGACCGAUCUCCGUUUCCAGAGCUCCGCCGUCAUGGCUCUGCAGGAGUCCAGUGAGGCUUAUUUGGUGGGUCUGUUCGAAGAUACCAAUCUGUGUGCCAUCCAUGCCAAGAGAGUGACCAUCAUGCCCAAGGACAUCCAGCUGGCUCGCCGCAUUCGCGGAGAACGCGCAUAAACACAGGGAAUUUGUCUACGUACCAAAAGGCUCUUUUCAGAGCCGCCAAUUUUUUUUUCAAGAGAUUAAAUCCUCUUUCUGUACCCUGGAGUAACCCUUCCACGUAAUAUCCUGAACUGCAUAAGUCAUAACCAAGUUUUCUACUCCUCCGUCCUAGCUGUCCAUACAGUGCGUAUAGUAAUGUCUAGGACUAUCCACCGUCCUGAGACGCUCUUACAGGCACUCGUACGUAUAAACGGUUUUUGACAAAGUAUUUCUGCCAGUUAGAAAAAUGGGCACACUGGAUGGUCCGAUGCAGCCGCCCAGGCAAUAGACACCACUGGACACAAGUUAAAUAUACCACAACAUCUGAAACUAUUCUAUUGGAGCUG